UUUGGGUUUUGUGGGAGUUGAGGUAAUCAAAACUAAUCAAAAUACCAUCUCUUUUCCCGAAACUAGAAAUAUAAAGAAUUUCGUUUUUCCUCUCUUACAAACCCCAAUGCUCCAUGUUUACCCCUAAAAAACACUCUUGAGAAAAGAUAUUUCUAGAUUCACAUCAAUGCCCACCUUGAAAAUUGAGUUUUUGGUUAUGGUGUCCAUGUCUUUGUUCUUAGUUUACAGAGAGAGAGAGAGAGAGAUUGAAAGAGCUUUCAUCUCCAUUCCCAUCAAUCCCCAUAUCAUAAUAUACUAACUGAGAAAGAAAGAAAACCAUGUGUCACCAUUUUUUUUUUUCUCAUCUUCAACAAAAGGAGAGAAAAAAGGGGAAAUUUUUUUUUGCAAAAAGCUUCUUCUUUCCUCUGAAAUAACCCCAAAACCCAAAAUACCCUCUUCAUCAUUUCCCACAACCCAAUGCCCCCCCCCCCCCCCCCCUCCACUUUCUUCAUCAUUUUCAGAUAGAAAAUUGGUGAAAAGUAUUCUUUUUUAUUUUUAAUAAAAAAACAAUGAAGUAUUGUGAUCUUUCUGUUUGGAUAUCUGUCUCUUUCUCUAUCUACAGGGAUGCUGUGGUGGAUUGCAUUUCAGUGAUGUUCUUGUACUAAAUCUUGAUACCAUGGUUUGGACCAACAUGGUAACUACCGGUCAGGGUCCAGGCCCAAGAGACAGCCACGGCGCCUUAAUUGUUGGUAACCAGAUGAUAGUUUUUGGUGGUACAAAUGGCUCUAAGAAGGUAAAUGAUCUCCACAUUUUGGAUCUUGGUACUAAGGAAUGGGUACAACCUGAAUGCAAAGGGAAUCCACCAUCACCUCGAGAAAGUCACACGGCCACACUUGUUGGAGAUGACAAACUAGUUAUUUUCGGGGGAAGUGGAGAGGGUGAAUCCAAUUACUUGAAUGAUCUACACAUUCUAGACCUCAAGUCUAUGGUGUGGAUGAAUAUUGAGGUGAGGGGUGAUAUUCCAGUCCCAAGGGAUAGUCACUCUGCUACAGCAGUUGGUCACAAGCUGUUUGUUUACGGUGGGGACUGUGGAGACCGUUAUCAAGGGGGUGUUGAUAUGCUCGACGUGCAUUCAUUAACUUGGUCUAAAUUAUCAGUUCAAGGAUCUUCACCUGGUGUUCGGGCAGGUCAUGCUGCGGUUAAUAUUGCAACAAAGGUGUACAUACUUGGUGGGGUUGGAGAUAGACAAUACUACAAUGAUGCUUGGGUGCUUGAUUUAUGUACUUGCUCGUGGACUCAACUCGAUACGUGCGGUCAGCAACCUCAAGGGAGAUUUUCUCACACAGCUGUGGUUGCAGACUCAGACAUUGCCAUAUAUGGAGGGUGUGGAGAGGAUGAACGACCUCUCAAUGAUUUGUUGGUCUUGCAACUCGGAGCAGAGCAUCCAAAUGGCCGGUACAAUGUUUCAAUGUGCAAAAUUUUUGGAAAACACUGGAAUAAUCAAACAAGGAGUUCUUUACGAGAAGAUCAGAGCAGCGUGCAGAAGACUAAGCUUAUGGGGAACAACAUAGAGCUAGUUAGAAAGGAAGAUCAUGGACCAAAAUUGGAGACAAAACAUUCUUCUCAGUUCAUGUCAGAGACAUUACAUCCAAAACGGAGGAGAACCAUGAAUCCAAAGGUGUGGGAGGUUGAAUCCGAGCAAGAGGAGCAUUCUUUGUCGUUGUCCCAGCAUUCAUCUCCAUCACAAUCCGAUCAAGAACAGACCCCAGUUCGAAAAGUCUCUGAUUCAGUAACAAGCUCCCAAGGAUUACGACUUCUCAAGCGUGUGAAUCAUAGCUCAACAAGCGAACCUUACAGCAUUUCUAGAACCCAACCUGAGUUCCGAAAUGUUGUCCAAACCGCUCCACAGCAAGAUCUUUCAUAUUUCGGACACCAGAAUCUGCUAAAGACCGAACAGCAGCAGCUUCUCCAUGUUGUUCGUCCAGUGAAAGAACACAAGUCCUUGGAGACUGGCCUCAUUCAAAACAUGAUUGGAUCUGAGGUUCGAGGAAGAGUUGACGGUGCCUUCGACUCUGGCUUCCUAAUGACUGCUACUGUCAAUGGGAAAGUAUAUAGAGGCGUCCUGUUCACACCCGGACCUGGGGUGUUCUCAAGGGCCAGCAUUGUGACUGAAAGUCCACCUCUUCCUACAAACACAGUCCCAAACUCAAACCACAUAGAACGAUCAAAGAGUUUGCAGCAACGACCGUCGGUUGUGGUACCGGAGUCAGGUCAGAGCUUCAGGCAAGCUCAACUCAGUCCUCCUCCUGUUCCAAUCAUAAAACCAACUCCAUCUUCAUUGCCAGUUAAGCUUAGAGAUGAUCUUCAGGGUGUGUUUUUAACAUUAGGAGGACCUGGAAAUGGCUCUGCUUAAGAAUGAGAACAAUCAAAAGAGAGAGAGAGAGAGAGAAAUGUGUAAAGACAUAUGUUGGAAGAAAGGAAAAAGAACGAGAAGAAAAAAAAAAAAAAAGAGUUUGUAAACACAGUUUUGUAUGUUGAAAUUUUAGGGAUGACCAGAUUUAGAUAAAAAGAAAAGAUCCAUUUGGGGUAGUUUUCAUGAAUGAUUCACUCGAAUUUGUUUAUGUUUGAAAACAAAUAAAAGAAAAUGAGUUUUAAGUAGUGGUUAA